AUGGAGGGAAGAAGGGUCAUUGGUUGGGCUGCUAGAGACUCAUCUGGACUUCUCUCUCCUUACUCAUUCACUCUCAGGGAAACGGGUCCAGAAGAUGUUGUAUUCAAGGUUUUGUACUGUGGGAUGGACCAUACAGAUCUUCAUCAGAUGAGGAAUGAGAUUCACAUGACUAUCCUUCCUCUGGUGCCAGGGCAUGAAGUGGUGGGAGAAGUUGUGGAGUUGGGAUCAGAGGUAAAAAAGUUCAGAGUUCAAGACAAUGUGGGAGUUGGGUGCAUUGUUGGGUCUUGUGGGGAAUGCUUAUCCUGCAAAUCCAACACAGAGCAGUACUGCGACAACAGAAUCCUCACUUACAAUGGCACAUACAAAGAUGGAAGGCCAACUCAGGGAGGCUUCUCUUCUCUCAUGGUUGUUGAUCAAAAGUUUGUGGUUCGGAUUCCAGAAAAGCUUGCACCAGAGCAGGCAGCACCACUUCUGUGCGCUGGGGUGACAGCCUAUAGUCCUUUGAAACAGUUCAGGGGGUCUAAGAAGGCUCUCAAUGCAGGGAUUUUGGGUUUAGGGGGAGUUGGCCAUCUGGGUGUUCUGAUAGCAAAGGCAAUGGGGCAUCAUGUCACUGUCAUAAGUUCUUCAGAUAAGAAGAGGGUGGAGGCGUUAGAGCAUUUAGGCGCAGAUGCUUUUCUGGUAAGCACCAACGCAGCUGAAAUGGAGCGAGCAGCGAACAGCCUCGACUAUAUCCUCGACACCGUGCCGGCUGUGCACCCUUUGCAAUCCUACCUUCCACUUCUCAAGGUUGAAGGGCAGCUAAUUCUAGUUGGGGUUGCCCCUCAACCACUGCAUUUUAGUUCCGUCGACCUGAUUCUAGGAAAGAAGAUGAUAUCUGGUAGUUUCAUUGGAAGUAUGGAGGAGACGCAGGAGAUAUUGGAGUUCUGGGCUGAAAAGGGUUUGACAUCAAUGGUAGAAGUAGUGAAAAUGGAUUACGUGAACAAGGCAUUUGAAAGAAUGGAAAGGAAUGACGUGAGGUAUAGGUUUGUGCUGGACGUGGCUGGCAGCAACCUGGAAUAA